AUGGAUUCACACAGGAGCUCUCUGCCCGCCGCGCUCCUGCUCUGCUUCGUUCUCUGGGAGAUACCCUGUGCCCAGCAGGCGUCCAUCCCUGCCAACCAGCAAGACAGGGUCCUGAGGAGACAGCACAGGGAGGGCAGGGCAUCCUCCGCGGCCCCCCGGGAGCAGCCCCUGGCAGUGCCAGUCGUGCCCCACGAAUACAUGCUGUCCAUUUACAAAACUUUCUCUACAGCUGAAAAACUUGGGAUCAAUGCCAGCUUCUUCCAGUCCUCCAAGUCUGCCAACACCAUCACCGGCUUCGUGGACAGAUACUGGGACGAUCUGGCUCACUCUCCUUCUAGAAGACAGAGGUAUUUGUUUGAUGUGUCCACCCUGUCUGACAAAGAAGAGCUGGUGGGAGCUGAGCUAAGGAUCUUUAGGAAUUCUCCUAUGGAGUUAUUGAAAGCCCCUUCAGGGCUAUACCACCUGCAGGUAUUAUCCUGUCCAUCCCAAACCCUACUGGAUUCCAGGACUCUGGAUCUGAGGGACACUACAGUGCUAGGAUGGGAGGUUUUUGAUGUAUGGAGAAGCCUGAACAGUGGCAGUAAGCCAAGAAAGCAAGUUUGCUUGGAGUUAAGAGCCACCUCAGCCACCUCUGGUUUGGAAGUGAGUCUAAGAAGUCUAGGAUUGUCCAGGAAACCCAAAUCUCAACAGGAGAAGGCUCUACUAGUGGCUUUUACUAUAUCCAAGAGGAAGAACCUCUACAAUGAGUUGAAGGAACAGGUUCACUCAGCUAAAGGGUUGGAGAAAGAAGCCAGGUCUCAAUUUAAAACUAAGAGAAAGAGAAGGACAACAUUUAAUAGUCGGCAUGGCAAAAGGCAUGGAAGGAAAUCACGUCUAAGGUGCAGCAAAAAGCCACUUCAUGUAAACUUUAAGGAGCUAGGAUGGGAUGACUGGAUCAUUGCUCCCUUAGAAUAUGAAGCCUAUCAUUGUGAGGGAGUAUGUGACUUUCCUCUGAGGUCUCAUCUAGAGCCAACCAAUCAUGCCAUUAUCCAGACCUUGAUGAACUCUAUGGAUCCAGGGUCUACUCCACCAAGCUGUUGUGUCCCUACAAAAUUGACUCCUAUCAGUAUUUUGUACAUUGAUGCAGGUAAUAAUGUGGUAUACAAACAGUAUGAAGACAUGGUUGUAGAGUCUUGUGGCUGCAGGUAGCAGUUGCUUUGGAUGUUCUCAGCAUCAUCAUAGCUGAUAUGAAGGGAGAUAAAGACAACUGAUGGACAAGAAAGGGCUGGCCCAGGAAGGAGGUCUUUCUAUACAACUUCCAUAAGUGAAGGGAUUGUGGUUUCAAGUGUCUGGUGCACCCUUUAUUCUUGCAACAUGCCAACCUGGCACAGAUCAGUGGUGACUUUGUGUGGACAAGUUAUAAGCAAAGUCAAACCAAUGUGCCAACUGGGUUAACCAAUAAAAACUACAUUUGUCUUAUGGUAGGUCAUAUCUUUAGAGUUCCAAUGAAAAGAUUGCCAUAUAAGCUGACACUCAACAAUUGAAUGGUUUGGACAGAGGAGGCAUCUUGGCAGCAUCAGACAGAAGAGAAUUUGGCCAGUGCACAUAAGUAUAAUUUGUCUGGUUUAGAGCUCAUAUUCAGAUUUAUGUAAGUACAAUGUUCCAGACCUGGUCAUGAGGACUGCACAAGAGGAGGAGGUGGAGGAAGGGUGUAUUAUGGUGGCACUUUGUUAACCCCCUUCCCCCUCCCUUCUUCUUCAAAUCUGAUGGAACUAGGGCCAUCCAGACCCAGUGGAGGGGGAGUCACGUCUGGAUAGCAGAGGAUUAUGUUGCUGUUGAUUUUUGGAGUGUACACAAGUUGCUGUGACAGGCACCUGUUCAAACUGAGUCCAUUUAAGAUUACAGGAAAGCAAUAGUCUGUUCUUUUCAUGGGCUGGCAUGCGAAGAGUAAUAGAAGUAGGGGACCCAUAAAGUUUUUUUUUUCUUUAAUUUUAACUACCUGUCUUAUCACCUAGAGCUAUCUAAGGAUCUGAAUUGCUCCAAUAACAUUGCACAAUAAAAACACCUAAAGGAAAAAA